AUGGACCGAAGGGUCAAUGCGGAUGGGUCCAUGCGGAAUCUAUAUGGUACGUUUCAGAUACAAAGGCAUUUUAGCCAAAAUGCGCUGCACAAGACAAGGUCCGAGAGGCGCACGCGCGAUCGCCAGCCCACUGCUCGAGCCUCUCUGCUGGAAGUCGGACGUGGGAACCAUAGACCCGGUAUCGACCAUCAUGGGACCCAAUACCGAGUUACCGUCAGGAGAACUAUUGCCCUUACCGGACUGCACGGUCGGGCAGAGGAUACCGACCCUAGGUGUUGA